GGUGUGCGAACGCCAUGAUAGCAAAGAAGAGGAACCCGGAAGUUCGUUGUGUUUGUAAAUCCAACAGCUACCUUGCAACCCUGAGGUAUAUCAGCAUACGGAAACCUCCUUCGACAGGAGUGGAAACAAAAAAGGAAAGGAGGGAAUUCUCUGUCAGCUGCAGUCGUUUGUAGCGUGUACUGUUGACAAACAUGUUGUCGGAAGGCAGCUCCUUUGUGAAGGGGAUAGCCCUGGGAGGCACAUUCUGCCUGUUGUUGUCCCUGUUGGGGAGCUUUGCACCAGGCAUGCAGUCCAGCCCAGAGGACCACCACCACCACCACAUCAAGGCUCCCACCAAGGACGAGCUACAGAGCCUGUCUGAUUCCCAGAUGGUGGAGCUGAGCCAGAGAGUGCGAGUCUAUUGCGUCAUCAUGGUUCAGCCUUCUGUCCUGGUGUAUUGGUCCACAGCCAAGGACACCUGGGGUAAACACUGCGACCAAGCCGUAUUCUACAGCUCUGAGUCGGCCAAAGCUCUGGAAGCGGUGGACCUUAACGAACAGGACGAGUGGGCCAAACUGCGCAAGGCCCUGAAGCAUGCGUAUGACAAUGCCGGCGACCUGCGCUGGUUCUUCGUGGCGCGGCCCACCACCUUCGCCAUUAUCGAGAACCUUAAGUAUCUCAUUCUGGCCAAGGACCCCAACGAGCCCUUCUACAUUGGCCAUGCCAUGAAAUCGGGUGAACUGGAGUACGUGGAGUACCAGAGCGGCAUUGUGCUGAGCUAUGAGGCACUCAAGAGGCUGGUGAAUGUGUUCAAGGAUGAGGAGAAGUGUCCAGAGCGAGGCAGAGCCCUGUGGAAGCUGAGCGAGGAGAAACAAUUAGCUAUAUGUCUGAAGUACACCGGAGUCUUUGCAGAGAAUGGCGAGGACACACAGGGUAAGGGCCUGUUCAACAGUAAGAGUGUGGGUUCACUCAUCCAAGACAGCAUGAACAAAAACAACUUGGAUGUGGUGGAGGGCUGCUGCUCUGACUUAGCCAUCACCUUCAGCGGAAUGUCACCAAACCAGAUGCAGGUCAUGAUGUUUGGAGUUUACAGACUACGCCCGUAUGGGCACAACUUUCAUGAUUCCUUGAUAUUCCUGCCCCCUGAGGGCUCUGACAAUGAUUAAAGUGCAAGUCUUCCCACUUUGGGGCAGAUAUGGCAUUAACCAGACUGCUGCUGUCAAGUGGUGAAUAAAGACAGUUUUCUUAUUCAGUUUGUGAGCAUGAGGGAGGUUGGCAAGUACUCGAGGGAGGCAAAUUAUUAUUCUUAGUUUUUUAUACCUUUUUGAAUUUGCACUCUGCACAUAAUACCAUUGUGGAAAAGUAAUGAACAGAUGAAGAAAUCUGAAGAGCAAAUGUGCCACACAUUCCACGGAUGGCCAAGUGUCUGCAGGUUUUUGCUCCAACCUUGUACUUGAUUGAUGAAUCAAGGUCACUAAUUAGUAAGGAACUCCCCUUGCAUGGUUUAACACUCCAUGGAAUGAGUUUGACAUUCCUGUAAUCUAGAGUAUACAUUUUCAUUAACACAAUUGACAUUUUUAUUGGUAUUUGUGGCUGAUUUAGUUUAGGCUAUUAAACUCAACAACAAAAAUAAACGUCCUCACUGUCAA